UCUUUGUAUAAAAGCGUUGACCAUCGACGUUAUUGACAUUACUACCUGUUGUCGGCAAACGGCAGCAACAUCUUCAGCUCAAUUCAGUGGAUAAUCUCUUGGAGGAAAUGAGACCCAUGCUGAUCCUUGUGGCCCUAGCGGGCUUUGGCCUCUGUGUUCGGGCAGAUGUCUCCCAUCUUUAUGGAGGAGGAGGUCACCAUGAUCAUCAUCACCACCACGAUCACCACGACCAUGAUCAUCAUGAUCACCAUGACCACCACUUCGAUGCCCAUUCCCAUUCUUCUCUCUCCCACGAUCAUCAUGAUCUGCACAUCGAUCUGCACUAUCAGCCGGAUCUCCAUGAUCACCAUCAUCACCACCACCACGAGCUCAAGUUCGAUAUCCCCGGUGGAUACAGCUAUGGAGCUCCGGAGAAGCCGCGUCAGAAGUACCUGCCUCCCAAGGUUUCCCUGCCACCCCCACCACCUCCUCCACCGAAGGCUAGCUAUCUGCCACCCUCCAAGCCCGAGGUGAAGUACCUGCCCCCCGAACCGGUGGCCAAGUAUUUGCCACCCAAGGUAGCUCCUAGCUUGCCUCCUCCACCACCACCACCAGUUGUGGCUCCCAAGAAAUUGUAUCUGCCUCCCAGUCAGCCUGAGACCAAGUACCUUCCUCCUCCACCCGCGGCUCCUGUAGAGAAGUACCAGCCUCCUGCCCCAGCAGCUAGGUAUUUGCCACCCAAGGUUGCUCCCAGUCUGCCUCCUCCACCUCCACCACCACCAGUGGCUCCCAAGGGAUUGUACCUGCCUCCUGCCGAGCCGGAGACUAAGUAUCUGCCGCCUUCCAAGCCCGUGGAGAAGUAUCUUCCACCUGCCAAGCCCGUGGAGAAGUAUCUUCCCCCCAAGCCGGAGCCACAGUAUCUGCCACCCCAGCUGGAGGCGGAUUUCCACAUUCCCAUUCCCUCCUACGCCCUUCCAUUGGGUCCUGCCCCCAGUCCCAUCCACGAUGCCGAGCAGGGUUACCACUACAAGGCACCACAGCGUCGUUUCAGGCAUUAGGAUAAAUAGUUAACCAGCAACCAACCACCGAAGAAAAAACCGCACCCACAAUAACCAAAACCAAAUUCAUACAAAACACACUGCAUCUAGUUUUAAGCUGUACAAAUUAAAAGCAAUUUAAACCUGAAAACGAAA